AGCUGACGUGGAGGGGAGCCGGCAGGCCCCCUCGUGGCCCUUCCCCAGCUUGCUGCACUGGAGACUUUGGGGAAUUUCCCCUCCCUGAGAUCGGGGACCGUCUCCUCUGAGCUAAGAUGUCUUAUCCCCAUGGGAGAAGAUGCCUCUGCGAUUCUCUGUCUCCUGGCCUCAGAUCGGGUGUCUUUCCACAGUAUGGUCACACCAAGUAGGGCCAAAGAAAGCAGGCUUCAUCAUGUCAGUGCUUCCAAAGACCUAGAACACUCCAGGAGUGGCCGUGGCCUUGCUGGGGCCAGUGUGCUGAGGAGCCUGACUGAGCUCAGCCUGCAAACCCAGAACUUGUCCCUAGUCUCCCCUCCCCAUCCCCCAGCCUUCUCAGUGAGACCGCCAGAGCCAGCCAAACCUUUCGGACCCGGAAGCUUCAAGAGCUGGGGUCGCUGGCCGCCUGCCCGCCACCCACCCCAGGGCGCCUCUGAGGAGGUAAGGAAAAUUGCAGAAGAGCCCAAGGAAAAGGAGGAGGCGCGAUCAUGGAGCCAGCAUACGAAUCUAGCUCCAAGAAUAGACACACCUAGUCAUAGAACAGGGCAGACACAAAUGGACAAGUCACCUGGGGAAAAAGGCAAAGAGAAACCCAGCCCGGGCUCUGGCCAGCAAAGGUUAUUUUCGUCUGAGCAGUCUCUCCAUGAAUUUCCAUCCGAACUCUGGCGUCAGCGGAGUGUGCCAGGCCAGCCCCGAAAAGCGUCCCGAGGCUAUGCUCGCUCAGCCGCUCCAGAAAGGAGAAAUGCUCGUUCUCCUCCCCUCACCCGGCGCUAA